AAUUGUAUUACCUCAAAAAUUGUCCCACCCAUUUCCUACUGAGGAAGAGAACUCAGAAAACACAGCUGAGGGUGAUUCUUUACACUACUUUAAACCGAUGAAAGGACCGAACAGGCUAUUCCUGGCAUUGCUCAUUAUCCUGGCAUCAUCAUCAUCAGCUGUUAAUCUCGAAUCAGACUACGGUAAAGGAAAAUGGCAGAUGCUGACCAAACACAACUUCUCUUCUCAGAUCAGACUGCAUCCCCACAUCCUCCUCUUAGUUUCAGUUCCCUGGUCAGGCGAAUCUCGAUCUUUAAUGAAGGAAAUAAGCGUUUUGGUUAGGAAUAAAGAAGAGAAGUUCGGCUGUCUUAAAUUGAUGUAUUUGUAUAGAAAUAAAGAGAAGAUGUUGGCUGAUGCUAUUGGCGCUUAUGAUGGAACGACAACUACUGUUUAUUAUCAUUACUCUGUUCCUUAUAAAUAUCAUGGCAGGCUUGUUGCUAAUAAUAUACUCUCUUCUAUUGUUCCUUAUUUUAAUGUUUCACCUCAAGAAAUCCCUAUUGAAGGAAUUAAUAGUGAAGCGGAGUUGACAAGUUUUGUUGGGUCAAGUGAUAAGGCUGUGCUUCUUCUUGAAUUUUGUGGAUGGACUACUAAGUUGAUGGCUGCUAUGGACAAGAAUUUAACUCAAAAUGAGGAUUUAUCUGGUGGAGAGACUGAUGGAAUUCCAGCAGUUGGAAUGAAGGACAAUCCGAAGGUACAGGAGACAGAAAUUGAAAAUUCAAAAUGUGGCAUCCAAGAUGGGUUCAGUGAAGUUCCUUGGUUUGUGGAGUUUAGCUCUGUAAAUGCCAGUGCUUUUCUCCAGGACACUGACGCUGAGGAUAUAAAGCCUGAUGUUAGAUCGUCUUCUUGUACCUAUGAAGAGUUUCAGCAGUUUGAAUCUUUCUUUUCUGGCUUUAUGAAUGUUGCAAGAGAAUUCUUCCUGCUUUCUGAAAGGUAUAGGUUCGGUUUGGUUUCAGAAAGAUCAUUGCUUUCAUCUCUUGGUAUUGGAGAUUCUGGUUCAUGGUCAACAAUGCUUUGGUUUAAUGGAUGUCCAAGCUGUUCAAGGAUUCUAAAAGAGGGGGAUGACCUUAAGUCUGCUCUACUGUUGCAUGAAUCAAUAGUUCCAGAGCUGGAAGCUAACGGACAAGAUCUUGAUCCUGCUAUACCUGCAAAUAGACCAUCGGUAAUUCUAUUUGUGGACAGAUUCUCCAACUUGUCUGAAAUUAAAAGGAAGAGUAAGGAAGCUCUUGGUGAAUUAAGAAAAUUAGCUCUAACAUAUCAGAAUUCAGACCAGAUGGCUCAGCAAAAUGGUGACAAGUCUGAAAGAUCCUCUGCCCUAGCAUUUCUAGAGCGUAGAAGUAUAUUUGCACAUCCUAGGUUAAAGCUAUCUCCAGUGACUCAAAAGCUUAAGUUCCAGCAGCAGAUGUCUAUCAUGAUUGUAAAUGAGGGUAAAAAUGCUAUCUUAGAUAAUAUAGCUUCAGACUUGCAAGGUAGUUCCUUGCAUGAAAUCUUUACUUACCUUCUUCAGCAAAAGAAGGAAGCUAAAUUAAGCUCAGUUGCAAAGGAGGUGGGUUUCCAACUUUUAUCUGAUGAUAUUGACAUUAAACUAGCAGAUGAAUUAUCAUCAGAACCUAAGGAGUCUAUGCAAACUUCAGCUGUACCAUCUGAGGAAUCCCUUGCCAGUACUAGUGUCGAUCUGGAGAAAGAUUCUGCUUUGGAUCAAAAUGAGGGAUUACAACCUACAGAUGUUAAAUACUCUUCCCAGGACGAUGAAGAGAAGAAAACAUAUACUGACACAAACAUGCAUUUAUUUUCUGUAAAGACUGACCAACUUGUGUCAGAUGAUGGGCUAGGUAUUGUAGACAGUUUAAAGACUGAAGAAAGAAGUUCCACCGAAGUGGAUCAGUUGGAGGAACCACAGCUUCAGUUUCAAAGCUUUGUGGGAUCUUUUUAUUUUUCUGAUGGGAACUACCAGUUAUUGAGAGCUUUGACUGGCGAGUCAAGGAUUCCAUCUUUGGUAAUAAUUGAUCCCAUUUCCCAGCAGCAUUAUGUUUCUCCUGCGCAUGCCAAUUUCAGCUAUGCUUUGCUAGAGGAUGCUCUUCAUAAAUUUCUUAAUGGAAUUCUUAUUCCAUAUCAACGCUCGGAACCUGCACCUGAAAAUCCUAGGGAAGGAACACGUCCUCCAUUUGUCAAUAAGGAUUUCCAUGAGGCAGAUUCUAUCCCUCAUGUUACAGCUCAAACUUUCUCUGAGAAGGUUCUUGGUUUUAAUCAAUCUGGUAAUGACAAUGCUUUCCCUGCUUGGAAGGAGGAUGUGAUGGUCCUUUUUAGCAAUAGCUGGUGUGGAUUUUGCCAGAGAAUGGAGUUAGUUGUUCGUGAAGUAUUUUGGGCCCUGAAAGGAUACAUGAACAUGUUGAAGACAGGAACUUGGAAUGGGGAAACAGCGCUUGGUGGUGAUAACCUGAAGAAUGUCAUUAUGAAGCUUCCCAAAAUCUUUUUAAUGGAUUGUACAUUGAAUGAUUGCAGUUUGAUUCUAAAUUCAACAAAUCAGAGGGAAGUUUAUCCCACUCUAUUAUUAUUUCCGGCAGAAAGGAAGACUGUUGUUCCUUAUGAAGGAGACAUGACAAUAACUAAUAUUAUUAAGUUUAUAGCUCAUAAUGGAAGCUGCUCUCAACAUCUCAUCAGUGAAAAAGGGAUUUUAUGGCCUGCAGCUGAUAAAAGAAGCCGGAAUCAUGUUAAAGAUGCAUUGGCAUCCACAUAUUCUGAAGAAGCUCCGAUUGAAAAGGACAAAUCCUAUGAAGUGCUGUUAAAGAACUGGAAACCAAAGGGAACUGUUCAGAAUAAUCGGAUCAGAUCGUACAUAUCCAAACAUUUGCACGAAACAGUUACUCUGGCAGUUGGUUCAAUCCUUGUUGCUACUGAAAAACUUACUAUGCAGCCAUUUGAUAACUCGAUGAUUCUUAUUGUGAAGGAAGAUCAAAAUACCCGCUUUAAAGGUCUGAUAUAUAAUAAGCCUAUCAGAUGGGAGUCUCUGGAAAAUCUGGACCAAGGAUUUGAACUGUUAAAAGAGGCUCCUCUUUCAUUUGGUGGUCCACUUAUAAAACGUGGAAUGCCUCUUGUUGCUUUAACUAGAAGAGCAGUUGAAGAUCAGUACCCAGAAGUUGCACCAGGAAUCUACUUUCUCGAUCAACCGGCCACACUUCAGGAAAUUGAACAGCUUAAAUUAGGAAAUCAAUCCAUAACUGACUAUUGGUUUUUCUUGGGGUUUUCUAGUUGGGGCUGGGAUCAAUUAUUUGAUGAGAUUGCUGAAGGCGCUUGGAAUAUAAUUGUGAACAGCACAGGACAUUUAGAAUGGCCAUGAAGUUCUGUUACAAGGUGCAGUGUAUUGUACCUUUGCAUGAUAGAGCUUUUUGACUGUGCUUUAGAAAAUUGAAAAAUUCCAUGGAAUUUUCAAUCUGCAUAAUUUAAGGAGCAACCAACCAUUAACUGAAAAUUAUAGAAAAGAAUUUAGUGUAGAUUACCAAAUGUUAUUUUGGAGUGUCACUGAAUCUGUUGGCACGAAAAUGGUGAUGUAAAUUCUGUUUCCACCUUAGUUGAAUUUAUUGGCACGAAAAUAGUGAUAGUAAAUUUUGUUUCCACCUUAGUUUUAUAGAACUUGCCUGAGCCUGCUUAUAUUGUUGUUGCACCCUCUGGGAAUUCAUCGACAGUUUGGAUCUGUUAUUGAAGUGCUUCAACAUAUUUUAUUUUCUCAUUUCUUUUCUUUCAA